GAAGACCUCCCAGCGGCGGUCUAGUUCACCCGGCAAGCGGUCCGAGGACGCUCCCAAGUCCCCCGGCCGGGAGGGCAGGCGCUCGCGCUGCCGCUUCCACUUCACCGAGGAGGACCUGCGCUUGGUUCUGUAUGGGGUCAUUCCCAGCACGGAGCGCCCGGCCAGCCUGCACCACGCGAUCUCGGGCCUCCUGGUCCCCACCGACAGCCCCGGCUCUGAGUCUCUUCCUCCAACUCUGGAUAAAGACUCCCUUCAGCUUCCAGAAGGUCUCUGCCUCAUGCAGACCGUGUUUGGUGAAGCCCCGCAUUUUGGUGUGUUCUGCAGUGGUUUCAUUGCCAAAGGCAUCAGGUUUGGGCCCUUCCAAGGUAAAGUGGUCAACGCCAGUGAAGUCAAGACCUAUGGAGACAAUUCUGUGAUGUGGGAGAUCUUUGAAGAUGGUCAUUUGAGCCACUUUGUAGAUGGAAAAGGAGGCACAGGGAAUUGGAUGUCCUAUGUCAACUGCGCCCGCUUCCCCAAGGAGCAGAACCUAGUUGCCGUGCAGUGUCAAGGGCAUAUCUUUUACGAAAGCUGCAAAGAAAUCCACCAGAACCAAGAGCUCCUUGUGUGGUAUGGAGACUGCUAUGAAAAAUUUCUGGACAUUCCCGUGAGCCUUCAGGUCACAGAGUCAGGGAAGCAGUCAUCUGGGCCCUCUGAAGAGUCUGCAGAAGGCUACAGAUGUGAACGAUGUGGGAAGGUGUUUACCUACAAAUAUUACAGAGAUAAGCACCUCAAGUACACCCCCUGUGUGGACAAGGGUGAUAGGAAAUUUCCCUGUUCUCUCUGCAAACGAUCCUUCGAGAAGCGGGACCGACUCCGGAUCCACAUCCUACACGUUCAUGAGAAGCACCGGCCUCACAAGUGUUCUACCUGUGGGAAAUGUUUCUCUCAGUCUUCCAGCUUAAACAAACACAUGAGGGUCCACUCUGGAGACAGACCUUACCAGUGUGUGUAUUGUACAAAGAAGUUCACUGCCUCCAGCAUUCUCCGCACACACAUCAGGCAGCACUCCGGGGAGAAGCCCUUCAAAUGCAAGUACUGUGGGAAAUCUUUUGCCUCCCACGCUGCCCAUGACAGCCACGUGCGACGCUCUCACAAGGAGGACGAGGGUUGUUCCUGUAGCAUCUGUGGGAAAACCUUCCCAGAUCAGGAAGUGUUCUACUCCCACAUGAAGUUUCAUGAAGACUACUAUCCUUUGGGAGGGGGACGGGACGACACAAUGUGA